CGAUCCUGUCAACAGGAAUGCAGGAGAACCAGGCAUAAAGAAGACAAAGCACGACGCAGCCAUGUGAACAGCAUCAGCAGGAUCAGGUACACCUGGUCAGAAAGGGUUGCAUUGGGUAAGAGAUCGAGGUUGCAUUCGCCAUGGCGCCCCUUCGCUUUCUUUGGCUUUGCGCUUGCCUCGUGGCAGCUGAAGAGUUUUCGCUGGCUGGGAAAUCUGUCUACUUCUUGGUAGUGGACCGCUUUGCACGAAACCAGGCAUCUAACACGACUUUCUGCGAUUUGUCGGCUGAUUGGAUCAACAAUACUGGAGGAGGCUACUGUGGGGGUACGCUCAACGGGAUCAUCAACCGGUUGGACUACAUCCAGGGCAUGGGCUUUGACUGUGUUUGGAUCACUCCCGUGGUGGACGCCAACGGGUUCAUGGGAUACGAUGCCGUGAACAUCUUUGACAUUGAGCCUCAUUUCGGCACCAAGGAAGACUUGCAGCGUCUUUCAGAGCAACUUCAUCAGCGUCAAAUGUGUUUGAUCUUGGACAUCGUGCUCAACCACAUGAGGCCAUUAGUGAUAAACGGACGAGUCAACCUCUCCUCGAUCAUUCCUUUUAAUCAGGAGAGUCACUAUCAUCAGCGCAAUCGAAGUCACAACCAAUCCUUUGAGGAGUAUUUGAUCGCCUGGCCACCACCUCCUUUCAAUCCAUCAGAGGAUAAUGCCAGGCUCAAGAAGCUCAAACAAGCUGGAGAGGCAGAUUGCGGACAUCAUGUCGCAGAACAGACAGAGUGUGCAUGCUUUCCUGGCAACAUGGGCUUCAAUUGCCCUUCUCUAAGCCCCACCGAUUUCAGCACAGGCUACCUGGGUGUUCUGGGGGACCUGAAUCACAGCAACCCUUUCGUGCGACAGACUUUGCUGAAGUGGGUGCACGAGAUGGUUCAAAACUACAGUUUGGAUGCCCUGCGGCUUGACACCGCGGUGUAUUUGGACAGAGGCUUUCUACCAGAAGUCCAGGAAGCAGCUGGCGUGCAAGUGCUGGGCGAAGCGACGGUCAACAAUCUGACUUUCCAGGCGUCGCUAAUGCAUGGUGGCGGUCAGAGUGGCCUUCUGGGUUUGUUGAACUUUCCGCCCUUCUACCAGCUUCCGCGGGCUUUUUGUGGCUAUCGCAUUGGUGGGGACUUUGGAGAUUACUCUUUACAAGGUACAUGGGAAGACGAGGCAAACAUGGUGGGCCUUGGAAGUGUUCUCUCCUUGCAGCUCUCUUCUCAAACAUCGAACUUCGACAUGAUGGGCAACUUUGCCGACAACCACGAUGAAUACAGUCGCCUGACUUACUACUGCCGCUAUGAUACUCUCAGGAUCCGGCAAGCCUUGGUAUGGGUCUUUCUGUCCCGUGGCAUUCCAAUUCUAUACUACGGCACGGAGCAGGGCCUGGAUGGGCAUCAAGGCCCUGAAAAUACAAAGGGCCAAGAUGCAUUGCGAGAGUCAUUGUGGCAUACAGGCUAUAGGACAGACACCUGGCAAUAUCUCUUCGUACAGAAGCUGAAUAAGCUGCGCAAAUCUUUGGGCAUUGGUGUUGGUGCUGCGGAGAUCAAAGGAACCUCAAAAAGGACGCUGGUCUUCACGCGAGAGACGGCCGAAGCUGACACGGUUUGGGUGUUCUUGAACAAUGGCGAAAAUUCGACUGCCAUGGAAGGGCAGACUUACUGUCCUGGCCCAGCGGGACACUUGAGAGGUCGUUGGUUCGAUGCCCUCUCGGGCAAACCGAUGACUCAGCAUUUGAAGAAGGGCUGCUUUGAAGCUCCCGACAAAUUCCCAAAGGUGCUGUACCGGGAAAAUGGGAAACCCAAACCUUAGAGUUUCCAAUGCAUGAACGUUUGCCAUGCCGGAGCAGAUUUUUGGAUAUCAGAAGUCUCUAGGAUGGCUCCAAUUCGAUUUGUGUGGGCACAACGUCCCCAGCCUUGUGUUGCUGACUCAAGCUGCAACAGUUUUGUGAAUCUUUCUCUGCCGAAUGACUCGUGUAAGCUCUGCAUUCUUUUUUUUCAGCCUGGAAAACGCUUUCCCAUGGCCGAUGGCAAACAUGGGAAAGAGAUUUCAGAUACUGGAUAGCAGUAUAGUGUUGCCAAAGCCGACACUUUUUCCCUCAUGGACCGAAGGCAACAUUGACACUUGGAGAACUGAGCCUGACUUGAAAUUGUGCCUUCCUCAGCUAGCGCAUCCGCUCAAGCGCAUAGCGCCCAUUUGAGCCUUGGAAGCUGAGAUGUGCUGUCAGGGGAAGGCAGUUGGUGGCAUUCAAGAUUCUUCAGCUGCAUGGUUGUACUUUGAAAGAAAUUGAAGUCAACCAAUAUGGUCCAACCGAGCCCAGAAGUGGCUUGUGUGACUUGUGUGGUAUUUGUUCGAUUCCCCAGAAUCGCAUGAAAGGCGAGCUCGUUUGCUGGGGCGAACUCUCUUAGCUGGCAGGAUUUGCCCUGCCAGAUGGACUUUUCGCUGUCAA